GGUAAUUUCCCAUUCACAUUGCUGGUCUGAGAAAACUGCAAAGCCCAAAUACCUGCAAUAGGUCCCACGCCUCCAAGUGACAUCAAGUUUCACUUUCAGCUCAACUGAUGCAUUUUUGGUCGACAUUUUGAAUCGUAAACUUUCGUCAUGACGUCAGCUAAACAAGAUGGCGCCAUGAAUGCGUGGACGGUGUAUGAUCACAUAGAUGAAUGCAGAGGCAAAGUUGCUCUCAAAGAGCGUGAUCAUCGUGCGUAUUAUGAGAGCUCCCAGGUUGACAAACAGUUUAAUGAGGUGGAGAUUGCAGCACUAAGACAGAAUAACAAGGACAAGAGGGUUAAUCUCGCUCAGCAGACGUUUCAUGGCGACGAGCGGGUUAUCAACGAAGCGCUCGAGUCACACAGAGAUGAAAAUCUGGCUCUCCGGAGGAAGACGGCAGAGGAAGCCAUCUCCGAGAUGGAUCAGAAGAUGUGUGAGAAGGAGAAACAGCUGAAUUCCCUGAGAGAACAACGCGAGAAACGAGAAAAUCGCAUCAAGGAGCUGGAAACGGCAUUGGCACGACUUGACCUCCUGGCUAAGAACAGCGACAACAACUAUGCGCAAUACGAUCUCAAAACAAUUCGUAUGGUAGAGAACAACCUUGACAAGGCAAGAAUCAAACAUGAAACAGCAAGGAAGCUACAGCAGACUUACAUAGAGAUUGUGAGAUGUCUUGAAGAGGAACGUCUUAGCCUUCCUAAAAAGCUGAAAGCGCUAGAGGGCGCCCUUGAAGAGCAGCGUCAUGAGUUGAGGGAGUUGACGGGGAUCAGCCAGGAUGCACGAAUCAAACGAGACCAGGCCAAGGCGGAGCUAAGCGUCUUGGAGCAGACAAUGAUCGAAGCAAAGCGGUCACGUGAUCGUACACUGACCCGGAUGAAGAAGCAGGCGGAGAAACAAAAGGAAAUGGCGGACAAGAUUGAGAAGCGAGCGCGCGCAACACUUCAAACAGACGACCCAUCGCAAGAAAGCAAACGUCAGUCACAGAUGGAUGAGGAUAACUGGGUCAAGGUCACGACAUAUGAGGAGGCAUUCAAGCGAAUCCAAGAGGCAACAGGCGUGUCCAGUAUCGAGGAAAUUGAGGCCCGCUUCAUGAAUCAGGGAGGCACAUAUGAGCAUCUUUUGGCUCAGAAACGCACCUCGGAGAAACAGCGGAAAUGGCUGAGCGAACAAAAACGGCAACUGACGCAACACUACGAAGCAAUGAAGUACAGCGGAGAGAGUAAAAUGUCCCAAGGCCAGCAAAUGCUUGAGAAGAUGCAGGAACAUCUCGGUAAGACGGAGCAAAGACGCGACUUGUUACGCAACAGCGUGCAUAGGAACCACAUGGUUACCACUGACGUCAAGAAUGGAAUCCGUCAUCUCUACGACACCCUGAAGGAUAUCAAACUCAAGCCACCGAUGAAGAACAAUGCCAACCCAGAUGAUUAUCUGGACCAACUUCAAAUAUGCGAAAACAAACUGCAGAAGUUGAUGACGCAGGCAAAUGUUCGAGACAGUGCGUCGUUCAAGAAAAUCAUGAACAGCACGGAGUUCCAUGAGUUCAUGGAAAAUAGGCAGAAGACUGAAAACCUGCGAGUUCGUUUGGACGAGCCGGAUUCUUACGACUCAGAUGACUUUGGAUAUGACAGCCAGGAUAACGAAGACAUGAUGACCAAUGCUGACAUCAAACGAGAAGGACAGAUGCUCAUGGACCAGAAGAAAAACAAGAAAAGGGCCAGAGGACGCCGAAAGAAAUAAAGGAAACACCCAAAAUAUAACUACUGGUCAUAAAAUGCAACAGACCUACACGGGUUUACUUUGACUGUUUGGGAACACGGUACAAAGCGUUAAGGAGCUUGGUGUAGGCCUAAAAUCUAAAA